UAGGCUGAUUCACGCAGGAAACUGUCCCGCUUAUAUAUCGAGACAAUUGCUAUACACGCCAUUAUAUUGUUCGGCGCCACACGAACCGCUCCCGUUAAAACAAACGCCAAAAUGCGUAAAGUAAUUCUUUAUAUCCUAAAUAUUCUUUAUGCCCUUUUCGGGCUCGCGUUGUUCCUCGGCGGUGUCGCGUUUUGUAUAUACGUGGCCCAAUUUACUGCCUUGAGGAACACCCAUCAUUACAAACUAGACUUCAGCUUGUACUGGCCUCAAGUGAUCCCGGUCGUCGCCUGCUUAGCUGGAAUCUUCGUGAUCUUCGUCAGCUGCUUCGGCUGCUGCACUGCUUCCAAGAACAACAAGGGCUUCACUAUUAUGCAGUCUAUCUUCAUCCUCAUCACCUUAAUAGUGCUUAUAACCUGUGCUGCGUUAACUUUGAAGUAUGGCGACAAUGAAGAGACAGACGUGUAUUUGAUUGAUGCGCUGACCGACGGAUUUUCCGAAGCAAAAACGAGUCCGAAUCACCAGGAGAUGUUCUCGAGGAUCGAGAGCUGGCUUGGUUGCUGCGGCGCUGAAGGUUCAUCAAGCUACAGGCCUCACGGUGUGCAUUAUUUACCUCAAUCCUGCUGCGGAUAUUCAGAAGAUUCCAAUCAAAAAUGCGAAUUCACGUCUAAGGAGGCUACUGAUAGGCAUGGCUGUGUAAAAGUAGUUGUUUCAUACAGUAGAUUAUUCCUAAGAGUUUUAGCAGCGGCCGCUGCUGUUGCAGCCUUCUUUGGAAUCUUAAGUCUAGUAGCUACUUUAGCUUUGUCGAUAGAUUUGAAGAGAAAGCCAGCAGUGUACGAAGCGACGGACAUCGAGACGAAGAAAGGACUUUUGUAAAGUGUAGUGUUUUGUGAAAUGAGUCAAGCUUUAAUAUCCCGCCGUUGGGACGAAACUUCUAAAGUUUUAUUUUGAAAACUUUAAAGAAGUUUCAGUAUUUGUAAAGUUCAGGUGAUUUUUUGCAAUUUGUACAAUAGUUCAAAUGUUGGUUGCAAAAUUUUUCUUGAUAUUUACUUAUUUAAAUGUUUUGAAUGUGUUCAUGUGUGUGAGAAUGUUUAAUAUUUAUUGUAGGAUGCCAGUGGUGAGAUAACCAAAGAAGAUUAUAAUGUAAUUUACUUUUUACUUAAUGCAAAGUAGUGUUAUUUUAAAGUUAGGCCAAUUAAUUUUAUUGUGAAUCUUAAAUUGCUGUGUUUCAAAAUGUCUUCAUUGAAAAUGGUCUCGGUAAAAAUCUAAGUGUAAAACCAAAUAAAAUAUAUAUUCUCAGAUGAUAAAAAUAUACAUUCAGACAAACAUAGUAAUAUAUUAUAACAGUAUUAAAAGGAGACAAACAAGGUCAAAGUGUGUGAGGAAGAAUUUGCUUUUAAUUGACAUAAUAGAUAAAUUUGUUAGUUUGUUUGUUGUACUUGUACCUUUGUAGAGGACAAAUGAAUGAACAAUUGUUCUACAUACAGUCAUUAUGCCAUUAUUAUACAAAACAAAAGGUUUUUGUUAUAUUUUAUAAAAAGCUACCAUUUGCACAUGCCAUUCAGUAGAGAAUCAUAAAAAUAAUAUUAUUAAAUAUUAUGGCUGAUUUUGUAGUGAAAGUUUUGUGAAUGUUAUGUUAUUAUAAGUUAGUAAUAUAGUUUACGUGAUAUUAAUAGUGUAUAAUUUUAGUAAAUGUAGAUAAUACAACUUUAAGUAUAGUCAGCCAAGAAAG